AUGAAAAAAGCGAUAUGGGCAACAUUCUACCAUUACGGCUCAACAGACAGCAAGCCUAAACAUCAUUUUUGUCCCGAAGGCCCGGAAUCGUGGUGCAAGUGGCAACAAGCGAAAGCUAAAGGAGAACUGAGGAAUUUCCGUCACGAUUAUUCAGCAUUGCCAAAAACGGUGUUAGAUCCCAUCAAACCAAUUUACGAAGACCUCAGCAAUGACAAAUUGUUGGAACGCUGUGUUGGCGGAUACACACAAAACAGCAAUGAGAGCUUCAACCAACUUAUUUGGAAGAUAGCUCCAAAAACGAUGCACAGCGGGGCCAAAAUUGUUAACAUUGCUGCAUUUCUUGCAACAUGCACGUUCAACAAUGGUGUCACGUCAUUGUUAGAAAUUAUGAACGUAUUAGGAAUAUCAGUCGGAUCGGGCGCGCACUUGUACGCUGCGCAAGAAGACGAAACUCGCAUAGCGAAAGCCGAGCUGCAAGCGCAAGAACAGACUAAAGAAGGUCGAAUACGGCGCCGACAACAAAAUUUAGAAAAUAUGAACAUUCCGUCGACCGUAGAAGACUUACACUAUGGGCCUGGUAUCGAUGAUUCCAUAUGAUUUUUGAAGAAACGCCAGUGGGUACCGUUUACCCGGAUUUUCUUACGGCGCUCCAAAGAUUAUACCACAACCUCGUCAAUUUUUGAUUUUUUUUAAUAAAAAAAAUUGGACAUAUU